UAAAAAUAUUCGGUCAAUUUUGGUUGAAAAUCAUGAAAUUGACAAGUUUAGCAGCAAGGGACACAAGUUAAAUAGCAAUUUUUAAUAUAUUAGACGAAAAUUAAUAGAGGUAAUAAAAACAACUUUUAGCAAUGGAUAACUUAGAACUGUUAAGCGAUGAUGAAUUAAGAAGACGAUUAUUGCAAUACGGAUUUCCAAAUCUUCCAAUAACGGCAACAACAAGGAAAACAUUAAUUAAAAAGCUCCGAAAUCAUUUGUCAAAUACAGCAUCAAGUUUGCGUAAAACGACAUCGCUUGUCACAAGAUACUCGUCUGGUGAAGAAUCUGAUGUAACAGAUAAGACAAAAACAAGCAAAACAAAGAGACAAGGUCGUAUUACUGUAAGUGGCUCUCAAACUGGACAGCUUAAAACUCCAUCACCACCAUUAUUUAACAGUUUUUCACAACCACCAGCGAAAACAUCAUUUACGCGCAUUGGAAACACCUCAUCUGGAAGUGGACGUAAUGUCUAUGUUUCACCAGUCAUCAUAAAUGAUUCAGAAGAUGAUGAUCUUGAUUGGAGCUUAAAGAGAAGUCGUAGUAAUAAUAGCUUAAUAAAAAAUUCACAAUCUCGAAAUAUCAAUUCAUCUCGUACACUUGACUCGACAUUCGACGUGUCACAAAAAACAAACGGUAGUAAUGGAUAUGAUAAUGAGGACGAUGAGGAGGAUACAAACACAACGAGUGACUAUACAAAGCGUCUACUUCAAUUUCGUGAAGGAAAUGCCCAAAAGCUUCAACCGUCACAGCCGCAGCUUAAUAAUAAUAAUAAUCUACGUAAACGACCAAGCUACAUGAGUCAGAGAAUGUCCGAAUAUCAAGCAGUGAACGAAAACGACAUUGUAUACCAUGCCGAGCCAUUUUUGGAAACUGCUCACGUACCAUUAAGUUUGGCAAUAAAGAAUUUUAUCAAUCGUCUUGACGCAGCUUAUGGACUCAAGCAAACAUUCGUUCCAAUGGUGCUUGUUACUUUUCUUGUAAUCUUUUUUACGCUCAUCAUAUUCAUGUACAUUACAAUAAGUCCCAAUAUCGAGAAGACACUAAGUCCGUCAACAACAAUUUAUUUUCCAUGUGAUGGACAUCAUGAUAUGGAAGCAACUUUUGCCUGUAUCGAUGAACAAAAUUUACUUCCAUCCUUAAAUUUGCUAAAAGUUCUCGCGUCAGAGCUUCAAAAACGAGCAGUUUUACAGAAGUGUGGAAAAGUUAAGGAUAUAUCGAGUGUCAUGUGCGUUAAGGACUUUUGGCAUUACAUAAAUGACAAUCAUUUGUCGCAUCAUAAACAUAAUCAGGAUCAAUCAUCGACAACGUCUGUUUUGGAUGUGAUGAAAGAUUUACAUAAUAUUGAAUAUUUAGUGGAUCGUAAUAAGCAAUGGGGUAUAUAUAAUGUUGAUAACAAUGGCAAGCCAAUAUCAUUAGAUGACGUUGUAAAUCAACGAGCACAUCAAGCGGAAUGUUUUGCAAUUUUAUCACCAAAACUUCCAUUAACUUGUACAUUAUACAAUAAGCUACAAACGUUCUUUACGAUCAUUGGAACAUUAGCAAUUCUCCUUUUUGCGGGAUUCUUUGGACGAAAGUUUUACUAUUUCAUUUUGAAUAUUAAGGAGAAGCGCAAGGCACAAGUUAAUCAAAUUAUGAAUGAAAUUAUACGAUUACUUAUGGAGAAGACAGUUAUGGAUAAGGAUAAUGCAUUUUUGGUUGUGAAUCAUUUACGCGAUAAGAUAAUUGAGCCGAGUAGGAAGAAUGAAUUAUCAUGGGCAUGGCAAGAAUCUAUAUCAUAUCUAGAAAAACACGAUAGUCGAGUUCAUUUUGGAUUUGAAAAUAUCAAUGGCGAAGACUUUAAAGUAAUUCGAUGGAUUGACGAUGUAAAAAAUUUACCCGGAACCAACAACCAUAGCCAACAACAGCAAGGAUCAUUGCAACAACAACAACAAACAUCGUCAAGAUUUAGUUCAAUGAGAUAUAGCCAAGCACCACAGCCAUUUAAUGCAAGUUUGAAGCGUUGGAUGUGCCCAGCAUUUGAUAAGUCAAAUAAGAUUAGUGAUCCGCCAACAAAUUGCUUAAAGAUCAGAAACAUGUUUGAAAAGUACGAGACGAAUAGUCCAAAUCUACAGAGCAUCAUACAGGACACGAUAUUGCAUAAAGUGUGCGAGAAAGGGUGCAAAAUUUAUGAUAUUCAAUUAGAUUUAAAGACGUGCUGCACAUAUGUCAAAUGUUCAUCAUGUGUUGACGCGGGAAUCGUUCAUGAGGAAAUUAAUGGCUGGUGGCUUAUCAAUGGUGACGAUAAUCGUCUUGUCGUUGUCAAAUUCUUGAAGCAAGACAAAUAUCAUCAACGAUUUCCAAGUUCAAUUAAUGCAUGCUCGAUUAUGUAUCCAGCGAGUAGUCCAAUUCCAAAUAAUUAUGUCACGAAUGGACAUGAUUUUGGUGAUGAUAUUGAUGACGAGGAGGAUAAUGAUGAUUUUGAGUAAAUUAACCAACAUAUUUUAGAGAAUCUAGAGAGAAUGACUAACGACAAACUUUUAUAUAAUGUUAUAAUUUUUCUGGUUCAACUUAUAGGCCAUAAAACAAAACAAAAACACACACGCUCUGAACACAAAUUGCUUGAGAUAAUUAAGGAAAAAGAAAGGAAAUUAUUAAUGUUUUCAAUUUUUUUUUGAGUUUAAUUUUAAUUAAGUUGAAUUUAUGUAUUUUAUGGACGAUAAAAUUAAUGAUGUUACUAAAAGUUGUGAGAAGAGAUUUUGUUGCUCAUACAAUGAGAAAUUUAUACUUGCAAACAGUGAAAUUACUAACGGUUUACAAAGAUUCAAAAAUUAUUAAACUGAAAUGAGAUGAACUAUUUUGAAAAAUUGAUUUUUUUUCUGUCAAUCAGCUAGCCAAGAGAGCUAAAUUAACGAGAA